UCAUCCCACCAUGGUGCUUCCACCCCCGGACAAACGUCACGUGUGUCUCACCACUAUUGUCAUCAUGACCAGCAUGGCAUUCAUGGAUGCCUAUCUGGUGGAGCAGAACCAAGGACCCCGUAAAAUUGGUGUCUGCAUCAUCGUUCUGGUGGGGGACAUCUGUUUUCUGAUUGUGCUGCGCUACGUGGCCGUGUGGGUGGGGGCCGAGGUGAAGACGGCAAAGCGCGGCUACGCCAUGAUCCUCUGGUUCCUCUACAUCUUUGUGCUGGAGAUAAAACUGUAUUUUAUAUUCCAGAAUUACAAGGCCGAUAAGAGGAACCUGGAGACGGUGGCCAGGAAGGCCCUGACCUUGUUGCUCUCCAUCUGCGUACCAGGAUUAUACCUGGUGCUAGUGGCCUUGGAUAGCAUGGAGUACAUACGCACCUUCCGGAAGAAAGAGGAUUUGCGGGGUCGCCUCUUCUGGGUCGCCUUAGACCUCCUGGAUAUCUUAGACAUUCAAGCCAACCUGUGGGAACCGCACAAAACCGGGCUGCCGAUCUGGGCAGAAGGACUCAUGUUCUUCUACUGCUACAUCCUCCUCCUCAUCCUACCUUGCGUUUCUCUCAGCGAGAUCAGCAUGCAAGGGGAGCACAUCGCUCCCCAGAAAAUGAUGCUCUACCCCGUCCUGAGCCUGGUGACCAUCAACAUCGUCACCAUCUUCAUCCGGGCCAUCAACAUGGUCUUGUUCCAAGACAGCCGGGUCUCCACCAUCUUCAUCGGCAAGAACAUCAUCGCCAUCGCCACCAAAGCCUGCACUUUCCUCGAGUACAAGAAGCAGGUGAAGGAAUUCCCGCAGAACGCCAUUGCGUUAGAGCUGCAGCAGAACUCGGUGCCCCACAACCAGACUGUCCACAGUACGCAAGGCAUUGGCCACGAGCCCUCACCGACCAGGGAGAUCUUGGAUACAUGACGGGGGCCCGCGGACACCCGCACUUGCUGACGUUUUCUUGGGGGAGGGGGAGGGGGCAGGAGAGGGGAUUCUGCUCUCGUCCCAGCACUGAGAGCUGCACCUGGGCACAAGCUUUUGAUCAAA